AUGCCCCUGUCCCCAACAAGACUGCCUAGUCCCUAUGCUUCUGAUCGGCUGGUACGGCUAGCAGCCAGGCUCCGGCCGGCACUAUGUGAUACCCUGAUCACAGUGGGGAGCCAGGAGUUCCCUGCCCACAGCCUGGUGCUGGCAGGUGUGAGCCAGCAACUGGGUCGCAGGGGCCGCUGGGCUGUGGUGAAAGGCAUCAGCCCUUCCACCUUUGCCCAACUUCUGCACUUUGUUUAUGGGGAGAGUCUAGAGCUGCAUCCUGGGGAACUGGGGCCCCUUGAGGAGGCAGCCAGAGCACUGGGGGUACAGUCCCUGGAAGAGGCAUGCAUUAGGGCUCGAAGGGACAUGGCCAGAGAAGAGCUGGGUCCAGGACUGAAGAAACAACAGGAGGAGCUAGAGAAACCCACAGGGGACUCGAUGAGAAGCGUGGGGGACUUUGGGGAGAAGCAGAGACCAGAGAAGUUUGUUAGGGCUGGUGGGAAAGAGCAGGAGACGUUGCACAGGCACAGGCCAUCAAGAGAGAGCCCUGAGAUAGCAGAGGCAACUCUGGAGGUUCAAGGGGAGCAGAUGAGACCAAAGGAGAAACUCCACCAAGCCCUUGUUGGCCAUGGCAGAGUAGGUGGGAAGCAAGAAGUAAUCAUGUGGUUGAGGGACAGUGCAGGGGGCUCUGAGGAAAGUCUGCCGGAGUUCCCUGGCCCCCUUCCCCCAGCAGGUUCCUUCCAAACUGGCAUCACCCCCAGGCCUUGGUGGGCUGAGGCCCCUUGGCUGGGGGAGGGCCAGCCUGCCCUGUGGAGCAUCCUUCUGUUGCCGCCUAGAUAUGGCACUCCCUUCUCCCAUAGCAUCCCUAUGACUGGAGCCUGGCAAGAGGUCUGGCCUCGGGACCAGAGGAUUCCACUGUCCCUGAACCUCCACAAAGGCCUUUGGAGCCAGAACCAGCUGGCCUCCUCCAGCCCCACCCCAGGUUCCCUCCCCCAGGGCCCCACACAGCUUAGCCCUGGGGAGACAGAAGAGUCUGAUCAGAGGCACACAGGUGAACUAGCAAACUGUGUGGGUCAUGUCGGCACCGCAAGCCAUCCAUCUCACCAACACCCUCCCCCACCCACUCCUGCUCGGUCUCGGCCCUAUUCUUGUUCUGUCUGUGGGAAGAGGUUUUCACUCAAACAUCAGAUGGAGACGCACUACCGUGUCCACACAGGAGAGAAGCCCUUUUCCUGUAGCCUCUGUCCCCAGCGCUCCCGGGACUUCUCAGCCAUGACCAAGCACCUGCGGACGCACGGGGCCGCACCCUACCGCUGCCCUCUGUGCCAGGCCGGCUGCCCCAGCCUGGCCUCCAUGCAGGCGCACAUGCGCGGCCACUCGCCCGGUCAGCUCCCGCCGGGAUGGACCAUUCGCUCCACCUUCCUCUACUCCUCCUCCUCGAGGCCCUCUAGGACCUCGACCUCUCCCAGUAGGCCCUCUUCCUCCACCACCUGA